AUGGACUCGCAGAAGGCUCUCAGCUUAAUGUUCCUAAUAUCGUUAUCUUUCCCCUGUUUUGCUGCUGAUCCAGCCCCUGUAGCCAGCUCAUUGUGUGUGCGAUACACCCACCGGGCAGUUGUGAUCACUGGAGGACUCCUGGCAUUUUCAGGAAUGGCUCUGAGAUUUCUUGGACUCAGCAUGGUCUGGAUGUAUGCAACAACUGGCUUCCUGCAGGGACUUGGGAUUUCAUUUUCCUGGACACCUGCUGUUAGCAUUGUUAGCCAUUAUUUCUCCAAGAAAAGAGCUUUGGCCAAUGCUAUUGCCAGCACUGGAGAAUGUGCCUUUGCAGUCACAUUUGGGCCAUUUUUCCAGUGGUUAAUUAGUCGAUACGGAUGGAAAGGUGCUCUUUUGAUCAUAGGUGGCAUCCAACUCAAUAUUUGUGUCUGUGGAGUACUGAUGCGACCCCUGGCAAGCAGCUGCCUCCUGGAGGGUAGCCAUUCUGAAGCUGGGACACCACCUGGCAAUGGUGUGCCUACGACAGACAAAGAAGAUGAGUCUGCCAUUGUAUACAAAACCUUCAACUGGAUGCUUGUGAGGCGGCCAGAGUUUGUACUUUAUGCCAUUUUUGGCAUACUAGCUGCCAUGAGUUUUUUUGUUCCUCCAUUGUUUUUAGUUCCACUUAGCUACAGCCUGGGGAUACACGAAUUGUGGACUGCUACCCUCCUAUCCAUUUUGGCUAUGGUGGACUUGGCAGGCAGACUGCUAUGUGGCUGGUACGCCAAUCUCCAUGUUACCAAAACGGUUCAUUUGCUGACAAUGACAAUUGCACUGAUUAGUACUUCCCUGAUGCUGUUUCCUCUGGCUAACAAUUACCUGUCCUUGGCAGUAUUCACUGGCCUCUAUGGAUUCUUCUUUGGUACAACAGUUGCCAUUCACAUUACGGUGCUGGCAGAUGUUGUAGGCGCGUCAGAUUUUGACAGUGCUCUGGGGCUUUUCAUGCUCAUUCGAAGCACUGGAGGUUUUGUGGGGCCUGCUCUUUCUGGUCUGAUCGUGGAUAUGACUGGAGAUUACAGAGCAGGCUUCUACAUGGCAGGAGCAACUCUUGUCCUGUCAGCUGGAUUUUUAGUUACUUUAGAUCAACUCCAACAGAGAAAAGAAAGAGGAAGCCAGAGUAAAACUAAACCAGAGACAUCACCCUUACCCUACACUUCCCUCCAUCUCCUGAAAGUUCAAACCAGAAAAAGACAGAACAUAAAAGAAGGGAGGAAGGGAUUUACUGAGUUGUGCCUACUUCAGCAAAACAAGGCCUUCAGAGCUAACCUAAACCAGGAGAUAAGGAGGCUACAGCUAUCAACAGCAGCUGCAAUUAGACAAGAUAAUGAGAAUCCCAUGAGGAACAAGAACACCUCAGAAUCAAAUAGUGCUAUUGAACUGAAUUGUGGUGUGAAGGGCAGGCAGAGCAGUCUGUAA